UUCAUCCGGACCAUUUAUUUAACGGAACAUCUUCCGGUGUGAAAUAAACCGGAGUUUGACAUUGUCUACAUUUUCAGCCCUAAACAUGGGCUCGUUGACUUUAAAUACUUUAAAACAGGUAAUGAGAGCAAUGGUGGACAACCCGGGUUUCGACAGAGUGCUGAGCAAGGUGGACCUCUUGUCUGCCACGCCAGGUAAGGUGGUAUGUGAGAUGCGGGUAGAAGAGGAACAUACUAACCGGGGCGGGACGCUACACGGAGGAAUGACAGCCACCCUGGUGGACGUAGUCUCUACCAUGGCCAUCAUGUACAGUGAAAGGGGAGCUCCUGGUGUCAGUGUGGACAUGAACAUAACGUACAUGAAUGCUGCCAAGAUGGGUGAGGAUGUACUUAUAACGGCGCAGGUCCUGAAACAAGGGAGGACACUGGCCUUUGCUACUGUAGAUCUCACCAGUAAAGCCACGGGAAAGCUCAUCGCACAAGGAAGACACACAAAACACCUCGGUAGCAGCUAAGCUGUCCGUGCUGUGCCUGCCUGCAAAUCAUAAAUGUGCCAUUUUCUAAUGGUCAAAAGAUGAAUUUUAAGGUAGUCUCUGUAUAUAUGUUUAGAGAACCGAUUAUGUAAAAAAUUAAAUAAAAAAAUUCUAAUUGU